AUGUGGGGGAGAGGUGGAACGGAGGUGGCUGGAAGGGGAAAGGAGGGAGAAAGGAGGGGUGGAGGGGACAGUGGGGAUGGUGGCUUGGAAGCGAUUAUCCGUCAUGUUAACUGGUACGGAGGAGCAAAAGGCUCUGGGGCGGAGCACAGAGAAGGGAACUUGCCAGGAGGGGUGGGAGCAGCACCAGCAGGGGUAGCAUCAGGUGGUGCAGGGGUGGCGGCAGCUGAUGCAGAAGCUGCAGCAGGAGGGGUGGAACCAACCAGUGCUGGGGUGGGGGCAGCAGGGAUGGGGGGUUCAGCAGCAGAGGCAGCCGCGGCAUCUGAGGCAGCGGCAGCAGCACGAGGAGGAGGGGAGCUGAUGACAUCGGGUGAUGGGUUGGGGAUAGCAGACCUAGAGGCGUUUCUGCUGGAUGCGGAGGGAGAAUUGGGGACGUUCAGCAGUAUGCUCAGUGGUUUCAGCCCGCAUCCAAUGAGCAGCAUGGCUGGCAGCGCUCAGCCCAUUCCCAAUGGCAUGUGGGCUAGGGGUGAAGAUGCUCUGGUCUAUGGAUAG